AUGACAACUACGCUUCUGAGCAGAAGUGAUUCCAUGAACGCCAAGGAAGGAUAUGUUUAUAUGUUAUUCGUUUGCCUACUUUUCAGGCAAAUGGUUUAUUGCCGAUAUCUCGACGUGAAUUUGAAAGAAAUCAUGCCGGCUGUGGAGUCAGUGGUAUUUCCGGAAUUCACUGUUUACUGCUGUAAGCGCGGCCAAGCUCAUUAUAUGAGCAUCACCACCACUAAAGAUGAAGAGAUCAAUCAAACAGUUCCUGUCACCGAUCGCACGCUUGAUGACCCGAAGUACACUCUGUCGAUGUGCGUUAAGCCGAUGUAUGGUAACAGGACGAAAUUCUUGCUGUUUGCUGAAUAUAUCGAGCACUAUAAGCUUCAAGGCGUUCAGCAUUUCUACAUUUACGUGAAAGAUGUGGAGGAGUACACAGAAAAGCUUAUACAACAUUACGUGAAAAAUGGUGAGGCUGAGGUGGUAUACUUCAGAGAAAAGCAGGACAGACCGAGCAUCGAAUGGCACCUUGUUGGUACUCAGGACUGCAUCCAUCGAAGUCGACAUCAUUCCAACUACACUAUUUAUGCGGAUUUGGACGAGCGUAUUUUACCAGCGGACAUCAAUACAACCCUCUCUGAAUAUACGACGUGA